AUGCUCUCAAAUCCACUACAAAGAUCACUUACAUGUGAUAUCUCAUCUUCAAAUUUCCAAAAAAUUUAUGAUCCUUCAAUUUCUGUCAAUGCACAAGAUCGUUUGAAACCUUUAGAUAAUUUCCAAAGACGUCACUUGGGGCCAAACUAUAACGAUGUUACUCAUAUGUUGGAAACUUUAGGUUAUAAUGAUCUUGAUGAAUUCAUCAAACAUACAAUCCCGGAAAAUGUGUUGGUUAAAAGAAAAUUGAAUAUUGAACCAGAGAAUGGGUUCACAGAAACUGAAAUGAUUGAGAAUUUGGAAUCAAUUGCUAAAAAGAAUAAAGUUUACAGAUCUUUUAUUGGUAAAGGUUAUUACAACACAAUCACACCUCCUGUUAUCAAGAGAAACGUUUUGGAAUCCCCAGAAUGGUACACUUCAUAUACCCCAUACCAGCCAGAAGUUUCACAAGGUCGUUUGGAAUCUUUAUUGAAUUUCCAAACUGUUAUUUCAGAUUUGACUGGGUUACCAGUUUCAAAUGCUUCAUUACUAGAUGAAGGUACUGCAGCUGCUGAAGCUUUGAGUAUUUCAUUCAACAAUUCAAGAAAGAAGAAGACUAAAUACGUCAUUGAUAAAGAUAUCCACCCUCAAACUUUAUCAGUCUUGAAAACUAGAGCUUAUCCAUUAAAAAUAGAAUUGGUUCAAUUAGAUUUGAAUUCAAAAGAAGGUUUACAACAAUUAGAAUCAAUUAAAAAUGAAAUUUCAGGGGCCCUAUUACAAUAUCCAACUUCAAGCGGUGAUAUUUUUGAUUAUGAACAUUUACAAAAAAUCGCAGAUGUUGUACAUUCUUCAAAAGGUUUAUUAGCCGUUGCUUCUGACUUAUUAGCUUUAACUUUGUUGAAACCUCCAUCAUCAUUUGGUGCUGAUAUUGCUUUUGGUUCUUCUCAAAGAUUUGGUGUUCCAAUGGGAUUCGGUGGUCCUCAUGCUGCAUUUUUUUCCGUUAUUGAAAAAUUGAAUAGAAAGAUCCCAGGUAGAAUUGUUGGUGUUUCUAAAGAUAGAUUAGGUAACCAAGCUUUGAGAUUAGCUUUACAAACAAGAGAACAACACAUCAAGAGAGAUAAGGCAACUUCAAAUAUUUGUACUGCUCAAGCUUUAUUAGCAAAUAUUUCAGCUAAUUAUGCAGUUUAUCAUGGUCCUGUUCGUUUACAAAAAAUUGCUAAAAGAGUUUAUGGCUUUACAUCAAUUUUAGCAAAUUUCAUUAGAGAAAACAGCUCACAUGAAAUUGAGAAUGGACAGUGGUUUGAUACUUUAACUAUUAAAUUAAAUGGUGUUUCAGCUGAUGAAAUCUUACAAAAAGCUGUUGAUCAAUAUCAAAUCAAUCUUUUCAAAGCUGAUGAUUAUACAGUUUCAUUAAGUUUGGAUGAAAGUGUUGUCACCAAAGAUUUAGUUGACUUGACCGAAUUAUUCACUGGUAAACAAAUCCCAAUUGAAUCAUUAAAUGAAUUCCCAGAUUUUCCAAGCUCAUUAACAAGAACUGAUAAAAUCUUAUCAAACCCGGUCUUCAACUUACAUCAUUCAGAAACUGCCAUGUUGAGAUAUCUACACAACUUACAUAACAAAGAUAUCUCAUUAGCAAACACAAUGAUCCCAUUAGGUUCAUGUACCAUGAAAUUGAAUGCCACUGUGGAAAUGUUACCAUUAUCAUGGCCAGAAUUUGGUUCAAUUCAUCCAUUCGUUCCAAAAGAUCAAGUUAAAGGUUAUAAAGAAUUGAUUGAAAUCUUGGAGAAAGAUUUAGCAAACAUUACAGGUUUCACUGCAACUACGUUACAACCAAAUUCUGGUGCACAAGGUGAAUUCACCGGUCUAAGAGUCAUUAAGCAAUUCCAUGAAUCUAAAGGUGAAUUUGAUCGUGAUAUUUGUUUGAUUCCAGUUUCUGCUCAUGGAACAAAUCCAGCUUCUGCAGCUAUGAGUAAUUUCAAAGUGAUCCCAAUCAAAUGUUUAGAAAAUGGUUCAUUAGACUUGGUUGAUUUAGAAGAAAAAGUUGAAAAACAUAAAGCAAACUUGGGUGCUAUCAUGAUUACUUAUCCUUCCACUUAUGGUUUAUUUGAACCAACAGUUAGACGUGCAAUUGAUUUGGUUCAUGAGCAUGGUGGUCAAGUUUAUAUGGAUGGUGCCAAUAUGAAUGCACAAGUUGGUUUAACUUCUCCAGGUGAUUUAGGUGCAGAUGUUUGUCAUUUGAACUUACACAAGACUUUUGCAAUCCCACAUGGUGGUGGUGGUCCAGGUGUUGGUCCAAUUUGUGUUGCUGAACAUUUAGUCCCAUUUUUACCAAAACAUUCUGUUUUCAAAUUAAGAACUGAAACUGAAACUUCAAUUGAAUCUGUUAGUUCUGCUCCUUAUGGUUCUGCUUCAAUUUUACCAAUCUCUUAUGCAUACAUCAAACUAUUGGGUUCAACUGGGUUACCAUUCAGUUCUUCAAUCGCUAUGUUGAAUGCCAAUUAUAUGAUGAAUAGACUGAAAGAUCAUUAUGAAAUUGCAUUUAUUGGACUAGAUGGUAUUGAACGUUGUGGGCAUGAAUUUAUCCUGGAUCUAAGAAAAUAUAAAGAUCAAGGUAUUGAGGCUAUUGAUGUUGCUAAAAGAUUACAAGAUUAUGGUUUCCAUGCACCAACUUUAGCAUUCCCAAUUCCAAGUACUUUGAUGAUUGAACCAACUGAAUCUGAAAACUUGGAAGAAUUGGAUAGAUUUGUUGAUUCUUUAAUCUCGAUUAAAGGUGAAAUUGAUGCAUUCUUGAAAGGUGAGCCAUUAGGUCAAGUUUUGAAAAACGCUCCACAUUCAUUAAGUGAUGUUGUUUCAUCAAACGAUUGGGAAUCAAGAGGUUACACAAGAGAACAAGCUGCUUAUCCAUUAGAACAUUUGAAAACCAACAAGUUCUGGCCAACCGUUGCUAGAUUGGAUGAUACUUAUGGUGAUUUGAACUUAUUAUGUACUUGUCCAUCUGUUGAAGAAGUUGCUAAUCAAUCUUGA